UGGCAGUUUCCUGGAGAAAGUGGAUUUCUUGUCCUGUAUUCACCUUCCAACCGCCCUGCAAACUGUUUUUCAGAUCAGUUUCCCCUGCUGACGACCAAGCGUGUGUUCUGGAAGGGUGUUUUGGAGGAGCUGCUAUGGUUUAUCAAGGGGUCCACAAACGCCAAAGAACUGUCUUCCAAGGGUGUGAAGAUCUGGGAUGCCAACGGGUCCCGAGACUUCUUGGACAGCCUGGGGUUUUCCAGCCGCCAGGAAGGGGACCUGGGACCCGUUUAUGGCUUCCAGUGGAGGCAUUUUGGGGCUGACUACAAAGAUAUGGACUCAGAUUACUCGGGUCAAGGAGUGGACCAGCUGCAGAAAGUGAUCGACACCAUCAAAACCAACCCUGAUGACAGGAGAAUCAUCAUGUGUGCCUGGAACCCGAAAGAUCUCCCUCUGAUGGCGCUGCCUCCCUGCCACGCCCUCUGCCAAUUCUAUGUGGUGAACGGGGAGCUGUCCUGCCAGCUGUACCAGCGCUCCGGGGACAUGGGCCUGGGCGUGCCCUUCAACAUCGCCAGCUACGCCCUGCUUACCUACAUGGUCGCUCACAUCACUGGCCUGCAGCCAGGUGACUUCGUACACACUUUGGGAGAUGCACAUAUUUACCUGAAUCACAUUGAGCCGCUGAAAACUCAGCUUCAGCGAGAACCAAGACCUUUCCCAAAGCUCAGAAUCCUUCGAACAGUGGAGACAAUUGAUGACUUCACAGCAGAAGACUUUGAGCUGGAAGGGUACAACCCGCAUCCUGCUAUUAAGAUGGAAAUGGCUGUUUAGAAGGCUUUCAGCGGUGCUGGAAGGAAGUGUCCCUGUUUAGAGCUUGAGUCUGAGUAUUUCUGUUUGUAAAGCAAAAAAGUAGGUCAAAAACUGUCGGUGACCUGUCAGUUGUUACUCAUUAACUUUUGAAGAUACUGUCACUGGCGGGUAAGAGGUGCUGUUUCUUUAGUAACAAAAGAUCAUUAGUCAACAAGUGCACAAAAAUGCUAUUAUGAAUAAAGUAACAACAGUGAAAGUCUUAUGUUCUUAGCAAAAGCAAGUAUACAUUUCACUUGUACGUGAUGAAGGUGAAUUUAAUUAUAUAAGCUCUUCCCUCAAAUCUGAAACACCACCAGUCAGAAUGUGUCAUUUGCUUGUAGACAUUCACAGUUAGGUUU